UCUGGAAUCGCCAGAAUUCUCUCGUCCUCAACUUGCUUUCCUAUAAUACCCCUCCAUUCCCUUAAUCGUCAUUUCUCUCUAAUCACCGCUUCCAAAUCUCCAUCUACUGCCUUCAGCUUUCCGUUCAUGGCCGAAGAAGCCAAAGCCAAAGGCAACGCCGCGUUCUCAGCCGGAGAUUAUGCCGGCGCCGUCAAACACUUCACUGAAGCUAUCUCGCUUGCCCCCUCUAACCAUGUCCUCUACUCUAACCGAUCUGCAGCUCUUGCCUCGCUCCACAACUACGCUGACGCUUUAGCUGAUGCGAAGAAGACCGUCGAGAUUAAGCCUGACUGGUCUAAAGGAUACUCCCGCCUUGGCGCGGCCCACCUAGGAUUAAACCAAAUUCAGGAUGCUAUCGCAGCGUAUAAGAAAGGGCUCGAGAUUGAUCCCAACAAUGAAGCAUUGAAGUCUGGUUUGGCUGAUGCUCAGGCCGCUGCUUCAAGGUCGCGAGCCGCGCCGCCGCCGAAUCCCUUUGGAGAUGCGUUCUCUGGGCCAGAGAUGUGGGCGAAAUUGACGGCUGAUCCAACUACGAGGAUGUAUCUGCAGCAACCGGAUUUUGUCAAGAUGAUGCAGGAGAUUCAGAAGAAUCCUAACAAUUUGAAUAUGUACUUGAAAGAUCAGAGGGUGAUGCAAGCAUUGGGGGUCCUAUUGAAUAUCAAAUUCAGAGCACCGAAUGCUGGAGAAGAUAUGGAGGUGCCGGAGGCCGAGUCGCCUCCUCCAAAGCAGGAGAGAAAGGCAGAGCCGGCAAAGGAGGAGAAGGUUCCUGAGCCGGAGCCAGAGCCAAUGGAGGUUUCUGAGGAAAAAGAGGCGAAGGAGAGGAAAGCUCAAGCCGUGAAAGAGAAGGAGUUGGGGAAUGAAGCUUAUAAGAAAAAGGAUUUCGAGACUGCAAUUGCGCAUUACACAAAGGCAAUGGAGCUAGACGAUGAGGAUAUUUCAUAUUUGACAAAUCGUGCUGCUGUUUAUCUUGAAAUGAGCAAGUUUGAGGAAUGCAUAAAAGACUGUGAUAAAGCUGUUGAGAGGGGUAGGGAACUUAGAUCAGACUUCAAGAUGAUAGCAAGAGCUUUGACAAGGAAGGGGACUGCCUUGGUGAAAAUGGCAAAAUGCUCAAAAGAUUAUGAUAUUGCCAUUGAGACAUUCCAGAAGGCCCUCACUGAGCAUCGCAACCCAGACACGCUGAAGAAACUUAAUGAUGCAGAGAGAAUAAAGAAGGAACUUGAGCAACAAGAAUACUUUGAUCCGAAGUUGGCUGAUGAAGAGCGUGAGAAAGGCAAUGAAUAUUUCAAGCAACAAAAGUAUCCAGAGGCUGUGAAGCAUUAUACAGAAUCUUUAAGAAGAAACCCCAAAGAUCCUAAAGCAUACAGUAAUAGAGCUGCAUGUUACACUAAAUUGGGGGCUUUACCUGAGGGAUUAAAGGAUGCAGAGAAGUGUAUUGAGCUUGAUCCAACUUUUUCAAAGGGUUAUACAAGAAAAGGUGCUGUCCAGUUUUUCAUGAAAGAGUACGAUAAAGCUUUGGAAACAUACCAGGAAGGACUUAGACAUGAUCCUCAGAACCAGGAACUGCUUGAUGGUGUGAGAAGAUGUGUGGAACAACUUAACAAGGCAAGCCGUGGUGAUCUAAGCCCAGAGGAAUUGAAAGAGAGACAGGCCAAGGCAAUGCAGGAUCCAGAGAUUCAGAACAUUCUAUCAGAUCCUGUCAUGAGACAGGUGUUGGUAGACUUCCAAGAAAAUCCCAAGGCAGCCCAGGAGCACAUGAAGAACCCCAUGGUGAUGAAUAAGAUUCAGAAGCUUGUCAAUGCUGGAAUAGUCCAGAUCAGAUAGAGUUGAGAGUAAAGAAUCGAUUUCUUUAUGGUGCAGCGUUUUCAUCAUUGAAUUGUAAUCUCCUGUGUGGAUGUUUUGAUAAAAACUGAUUGAAGUUUGGGAGAAAUUUUGAGUCGUUUCUUUUUGUUAAAAUAUUCUCCUUUAGUUCUCUCUCUCUGCCCCCCUCUCCCUAUAUUUUUAAAAUUGAUUGUGGAGAGUAUCCGUGUUUGUGCAUUAAAAUUAAGUUCCUCGUGCAAUUUUAGUGCAUCUUUAUUAGUUA